GUCACUGUGAGAGGACUUCAGUAGCGGUAAACAGUCGUCAACAUUUUACUCUUUUGGCUCGACGAGACAAGCAAAACAUCGACCGGGGGAGCGCGGAGGGAUAUUUGGGUUGUAUGGCACCUCAGUUGUGCGUCAUGAAUCCUGCGCAAGGAUCGCCACCCUCGGCUGCAGCACCGGAGGACGUCUCCGCACCGGAGCGGCUCGACCCGUCACCUGUCACCAGAUGUAAAGGCGCACGAGUGGAUCUGCCUUUUAGUGUGGAAUCGCUCAUAUCUGUAGACAGGACGCAGGCAAGAACUCUGCGAUUGACGGAGCCCAGCAGAGGAUGCGUGAGGAUAGAGGAGACUCCGACAGUGGAACUUAAAACCGAGGAUGUGGACGUCAACGACACGGAGAAAACCCACUGGCUCCAGUCUUCACCUCCUAGACUCCCCAGCCCGACACAUUGCAAUCUGCGCAAACACAAGAACAAUAGGAAACCCAGAACUCCCUUUACGAGCUCUCAGCUGCUGUCCCUGGAGAGAAAGUUCCGUCAGAAACAAUAUCUCUCCAUCGCGGAGAGAGCGGAGUUCUCCAGCUCACUCAGCCUCACAGAGACCCAAGUCAAGAUUUGGUUUCAGAACCGCCGGGCCAAGGCCAAAAGACUGCAAGAAGCCGAGCUGGAGAAGCUCAAGCUGGCCGCCAAGCCUCUGCUGCCGGCCUUCGCGUUCCCCUUCCCGCUGAGCGCACCAAUGGGCGCCCCGGCCCUCUACGGCCCUCGGCCCGCCUUACACGCACCAGGACUAUUCGGUGGACCUUACGGGAUGUACUACUUGUCUUAACCUUUUUUAAAAGACGUGUUGUGUGAGACAUGCUGCCUUAAAAAUGUCCAUAAAAGUAUCUUUUAAAUGAAGAAAUAUGUGAGGAUAUUUAUUUAAGAACAAAUAAUCUAUUCAUUUCUUUAAUAAAUAUAUUAGUUAAAUUAUUCCAUUAAAAUGCACAAUUGGCCUUUAGAAAAUCUAACGAAUAAAGACCCAAAUUACUUUUAAAAUUAAAAUUAAACUAAUUGUAAAGCCUGCAAAAAAAGAAAUUGCAACACUUAAUUCCAAUAAUAAUUUAAAAAAAAUUAUAAACUGAGGAUAUAAACUUACUGGGUUUAUUGUAAAAACUUUUGACAGGAUUUAUGUAUAAAGUAUAAAAGCCCCCCAAAAAAUUACGUGACAUUCCUAAUCCAAAGAUAUACCAACAAUUCCAAUUACAUAAUUUUAUUUCAAAUCGUCCAUAAAUUUAUGUCAAUACAAGAACUUAUUUUACCAAUGCAGUUGAUUUUUCCACAUUGAUAAAAAUAAUGAAAUAUUUCUACAUCUUUGAAUUUAAAUUAAAACGGACCUCAAGUUGUUUUUUGACUUUGCACAGAUGCUUAAAAAGCUCUCACAGGACAGGAAGCUAUAUAGCGACAUGUGUAAAUAAAAGUUGAUGUAUUUUAUAUUCAGUGAGUGAAUUUGCAUCUGUUAUUGUGUGAAUUAUAUAUUUGUUGACGGAUGGGGAAAAAAACAUUUUGGAAA